UCUAGAGACAAGUCGAAUAUGUCUGUAUAUUGAUAGCGUCUCGCCAUUAAGGCUUGAUUUGAAGCGUUUAACAAAAAUGAACCUGUCUCAGAUUACUGAAACGGAGUUGUCUGAACGCAAAGAAAUGCUUCUGCGAUUUCCAAAUUUUGUGCCAAUAAAGGCUGAUCUAACCGAAUUCCGAGGCUGGCUGCGUUUAUGCGAUCGAAAUGUACCUAUUUUUCUACGAUGUGGUGACGCACAUAGAGAGGUUGAGGUAACAUCUCCAGACGGCCUACUAGCAUCCUUAAUGGAUCGCCUCAAUGCAGAUUCACCGGAGCUGGUCGAAAAGAUCAAAAAGAUGCGAAAGCCGUCCUCCUAUUUACAUGAGCUCCUCAACGCAUUAAACAGAUUGGUUGAACGGGGCGAAUACAAUAAUGGUUUUGCGGCUGAAGGAGCCGAUUUGAGUUCUCGUCGCGUAUCAGGAGCGAAAACAUUUCGCCUGAUUCUCGAUCAGUUAAUCUCUACGAUAGGUGUUGAGUCUCUCAAAGAGGUGUCCAAAAAUCGACUGACGCUCACGUACCGUGAUAUGGAUAUGACCUACAACAUUAUCGAGGGCCGCGUCGUGAAUUCUUCUAUCCCGCGAGAGCUGCUUGCGAAAACCGCGGGUCUCUACCGACCCCGUGAAGUAGCUGACGCCUUCACAGUCUUCAAAGAUUUUAUUAAUAAAUUACAACCAUUCUACGAUUCCCUUAAAUCUUUGGACUCUUUAGCUUGGGUCGUUGAUCCAUCAGACUUACGUCGACCGUAUAGAAGAGUGGCUCUUGAAGAUUCUCUAGCACUUCAAAUUACGUUCACGGAUCCACUUCAAUUGGAAAAACCCCCAUUGUUGGAGUUGUUGGGUUGUCCAAGUUCGGGUGUCGGAUUCCGCGAAAUUUUGAGACGGGCUGAAUGGUCGCGAAAGUGGGACUCGCAACAAGAUGUACUCGACAACCUAAGGAUGGCUUUGGGAGACGAACUGAGGCUAGUGCGAAUCCAAGAAAACUCACAAGUGGACAUCACGUGUGCUAUUUGCUAUGCGUAUCGACUCGGCGAGCAAAUACCCGACGUGUUCUGCGCGCAUCGCUCGUGUCGGCGGGCAUAUCAUAUCGAAUGCUUCCGCUCCUGGGCGCUUCAAUGGGGCGUAGAGCAGGGCGCCACCCGAGCACACACAGCUGUCACUGGAGGAUCAUUUGCUCCUUGCGUCUACUGUGAACAACCUGUAGCCAUACUCACAACAGCUGUGACAACGACAACAGCAGUAGUUCCAUGUUGAACAUCGAACACAU